AUGUCAACACCUGACCUGACCUUCGUCACACGUGGAGCAACAGGUACACCCGUGCGAGCUAUAAGAAGGGUCCUCAAGGCGUUCCCCCGAAGCCAGCACAAUCCAGUAAUAGUGGAGAUCGGACUAUCAAUCCCAGUCAUAAAAAGCCUCCCAAUCCCCCGGUGGAACCUGAGGAAAGCUGACUGGAAUAAAUACCGAUCCUAUGUUGAGAAAACGAUAAACCGGAUACCACCAAAACCCGAUAACUACAAAAGAUUCGUAAACUUAGUACAAAAAGCGGCCCUAAAUGCAAUUCCACGAGGAUCGAGAAAGGAAUACACCCCCUGCUGGACGAAAGAGUGUGAAACACUACUGGAGGAAUAUGAGAAGACCGGGGACGAGGAGACUGCAGACCAACUGGUCAACGCCAUGAAUGAGGAUCGUAGGAGUAGAUGGAAGGAGGCGAUGGAGAAUCUAGAUUUUACCCACUCCAGCAGGAAGAGCUGGGGCCUGCUGAGGAAAUUAGGCGGUGCCACAGCGCCUAACAGGCCGACUCUUGGAACCAGCGCAUCUGAGAUUGCAGCUGUCCUGAAACAGACCUCCAAAAUCCAGCUAAAAACAGCCAAAAAGAGAGAAAUUUCCCAAGAGCUAAGCAGUUUAUUGCUUAAUAACCCAACCAACAUGGGCAUUGUAAAAGAAGUGGAGACAGAAGAGAUAUCCCAGGCCUUGAAGCUAAUGAAGACAGGAAAAGCAGCCGGACCUGACAACAUCCUACCAGAACUCUUAAAGGAAUUGGGAACUUUAGGAAGAAGGUGGCUGGCCAAACUUUGUACGGAAUGCAUAAGCAUGGGGGUUGUGCCGAAGGAAUGGAAAGAAGCAAAAGUCAUCGCAGAACGAAUAAAGGGGGAGACGGGCCAACAGACGGGCCAACAGACGGGCCAACAGACGGGCCAACAGACGGGCCAACAGACGGGCCAACAGACGGGCCAACAGACGGGCCAACAGACGGGCCAACAGACGGGCCAACAGACGGGCCAACAGACGGGCCAACAGACGGGCCAACAGACGGGCCAACAGACGGGCCAACAGACGGGCCAACAGACGGGCCAACAGACGGGCCAACAGACGGGCCAACAGACGGGCCAACAGACGGGCCAACAGACGGGCCAACAGACGGGCCAACAGACGGGCCAACAGACGGGCCAACAGACGGGCCAACAGACGGGCCAACAGACGGGCCAACAGACGGGCCAACAGACGGGCCAACAGACGGGCCAACAGACGGGCCAACAGACGGGCCAACAGACGGGCCAACAGACGGGCCAACAGACGGGCCAACAGACGGGCCAACAGACGGGCCAACAGACGGGCCAACAGACGGGCCAACAGACGGGCCAACAGACGGGCCAACAGACGGGCCAACAGACGGGCCAACAGACGGGCCAACAGACGGGCCAACAGACGGGCCAACAGACGGGCCAACAGACGGGCCAACAGACGGGCCAACAGACGGGCCAACAGACGGGCCAACAGACGGGCCAACAGACGGGCCAACAGACGGGCCAACAGACGGGCCAACAGACGGGCCAACAGACGGGCCAACAGACGGGCCAACAGACGGGCCAACAGACGGGCCAACAGACGGGCCAACAGACGGGCCAACAGACGGGCCAACAGACGGGCCAACAGACGGGCCAACAGACGGGCCAACAGACGGGCCAACAGACGGGCCAACAGACGGGCCAACAGACGGGCCAACAGACGGGCCAACAGACGGGCCAACAGACGGGCCAACAGACGGGCCAACAGACGGGCCAACAGACGGGCCAACAGACGGGCCAACAGACGGGCCAACAGACGGGCCAACAGACGGGCCAACAGACGGGCCAACAGACGGGCCAACAGACGGGCCAACAGACGGGCCAACAGACGGGCCAACAGACGGGCCAACAGACGGGCCAACAGACGGGCCAACAGACGGGCCAACAGACGGGCCAACAGACGGGCCAACAGACGGGCCAACAGACGGGCCAACAGACGGGCCAACAGACGGGCCAACAGACGGGCCAACAGACGGGCCAACAGACGGGCCAACAGACGGGCCAACAGACGGGCCAACAGACGGGCCAACAGACGGGCCAACAGACGGGCCAACAGACGGGCCAACAGACGGGCCAACAGACGGGCCAACAGACGGGCCAACAGACGGGCCAACAGACGGGCCAACAGACGGGCCAACAGACGGGCCAACAGACGGGCCAACAGACGGGCCAACAGACGGGCCAACAGACGGGCCAACAGACGGGCCAACAGACGGGCCAACAGACGGGCCAACAGACGGGCCAACAGACGGGCCAACAGACGGGCCAACAGACGGGCCAACAGACGGGCCAACAGACGGGCCAACAGACGGGCCAACAGCAGACCGCUGAGGCGGAGAAGAAACGCGCCGAGGCGGAGAAGAAACGCGCCGAGGCGGAGAAGAAACGCGCCGAGGCGGAGAAGAAACGCGCCGAGGCGGAGAAGAAACGCGCCGAGGCGGAGAAGAAACGCGCCGAGGCGGAGAAGAAACGCGCCGAGGCGGAGAAGAAACGCGCCGAGGCGGAGAAGAAACGCGCCGAGGCGGAGAAGAAACGCGCCGAGGCGGAGAAGAAACGCGCCGAGGCGGAGAAGAAACGCGCCGAGGCGGAGAAGAAACUGGGAGACAACAUUCAGCUGUAA